UUGAAAAUAGUAAGAAGAAAAGAAGUAGAACUGGUGAGCGUUAUUUCAAUGAAUUUUGUACCUGCUUUUGGGAAAGACUGGUUACUCUAUUCGAUCAGAUCAGGAACGCAAACUUAUCAAUACAAAGAGGGCAAGAAAGAUGUAAACUGUACAUCACCUCCUUUAUAUGAAGAGGUUACCACUAUGUUAAAUCGACAAGUUUCUUUUAAUAGGCAAAGAAGUCGGGAACAGUCCUCAGUUAAUAAUGCUAAUGGUGUUAAUGAUGCUAAUAGUAUUAAUAAUGCUAAUGAUGUCAAUAACGCUAAUGGUGUUAAUAAUACUAAUGCCAAUGGUGUUAGCUAUGCUAGUUCAG